CCGUGGGACCCGGGUUUACUCACCAAGAAUCUUAAGAGGGAAAUACAUUUGACAACCAGGGCUCGUGCUGUACACCGGGGAAUAGUCCUUUCGCAAGCGUUGUACUUUCUGGGUCUUCAUCCUUAUAUGUCAAUCAGUCUCAAGAAUAAUAUUCACGCAAAAGUAUCCCCUCGAAGAGUUCUGUCCUGGCUAUACGGCUCAAGCUCUAGACAGCAGGAAAUCGUCAGCUUCCCCGCAACGACAGCACUCAGUCUACUUCCCGAAAGAUGGCUGAGCGUGUGUCAUAGUCUCCUGCAAGGACACUAUGCUACUGUAACCAUCGUCCUACGCUGCGCACCUAGUAGUUUGGUGCGAAGGAAAGAAUGCAGGACGCGAUACGGUCGAUGGUUAAUAGAGGAUGACAUUGGCAGAAUCGGUGCACUAGAUUACGAGCAAAAACA